UGUACGUCAUACGUGGCCUUAUCAAGGUAUAUUUUUGUAGAUAAAUAGAAAUCAAAAUAAAUUAAUUUAUAACAUAAAAACAUAUUUUUUUAUUUUAGUAGGUAUAGAGUAGUUCAAACAAUAUUAAAAAUGUCAUUAUCAUACAAAUUACGUGUGAUUUUACUGACCGUCUUUUCUAUACUUCCAAUAUUCGCAAAUAGUUACACUAUCACGGUAGAUGCACACGCCGAAGAGUGUUUUUUUGAAAAUGUGGAAGCUGAUACUAAAAUGGGUUUAACGUUUGAAAUAGCAGAAGGAGGCUUUUUAGAUAUAGACGUGAAGAUAACAGGACCUGAUGGCGCGGUUAUUUAUAAAGGAGAACGAGAAUCGUCCGGGAUGUAUACAUUCUCAGCACCAACAUCUGGUCGAUACACUUACUGCUUCAGUAAUCAAAUGUCGACUAUGACUCCUAAGGUCGUUAUGUUUAAUUUUGAAGUGGGAGAUGCGCCAUCAAAAAAAUCUAGUGAAGCAGGUGAUGAAGCUAAUCACAAUAAGCUUGAGGACAUGAUUAAGGAACUUGGAACAACACUAAAAACAGUCAAACAUGAGCAAGAAUAUAUGCAGGUUCGAGAUCGUAUCCAUAGAGCAAUAAAUGAAAGCACUAACUCAAAUGUGGUGAUGUGGUCAAUAUUUGAGGCCUGUGUACUCCUCAUCAUGACAGUGGGACAGGUGUAUUACCUCAAGAGGUUCUUUGAAGUACAGCGUGUUGUGUAAUGUCUCAUACAUCCAUGUGUUUAUAAACUGUUAGUGAUACCACAAUAGUAACAAAUUCUUUUAAUAUAUUUUAAAUUUGAAGUUAACUUUAACAUUUUGUAUAAAUCAUGAAUUUACUUAAUAUGAUGUAUGAAGAAGUGUUAGUAUAAACAUUACUUAAUUUAUUUCAAGAACUAUAUUUUUCUUUGUAAAUACAUCACAUAAAAAUGAAGGCUUAUAAAUGGUUGAAAAGUUUUAUAAAAGUGAAAUAAAAGGUCUGUUAUAAAAGUAAA